GGAAGAGGUGGAAGGUGGGGUUUCAGUGUCGGGGCGGUAAAGCUGCACUAAAUAACACCUCGCCUCGAGUUGAAGCUUCACUUUAGCAUCCACCUGGCAUGACGGGACGACGGUACUGAAAACUGUACACUUACUCUCAGUUCCGGAGUAGCGACACACUUUUUCUAGUUUUGGCUAAGCUACUCAAAUGAGACUUUUUCACCUAAAGCACCGACGAGUGUCUGGAGGUGUACGGAUGCAUGAAGGUUGAGCAGUGAGUCCGAGUUGACGGAGCGAUAUCUGGGUCAGCCUCAGUGGAAAGACCGAGCUGCUUUAUCUGUGCGACCACAUAGAGAAGUACAAACACAUCUUAAAGGAGGCUCACACACACACACAUGGAUGUCAGAUGGAAUAAGCCCAACGAUGCUGCCCACCUCGGUCUGCUCUGUACCUGUCCCAAAUAGUCAUGUCAGCCAGCUGAGCACCUGCCACAACACGCCCGAAGAGGACGAUGAGACCAUGAACACAGAGGAGAGAAAAAGCAGCACAGUCCACAAAGCGGACCCCGCGUCCGACCUCGACGCCCACCACCGGCCCUUGGACCGCGCGCCCUUCCCCGACGACUCCAUGUUCAGCCGGCGAGGGUGGAACCAGGAGCAGGGCCUGUUGUUCCCCUCCUCCAGCUUCUGCUCCUCCCAGCUGCCCCACAGCCUCCCUGCCGGGUACAGCCAACCCACCCCGUUCCCCAGCCAGGUCAACAUGCUCCACCCAAGCCUGGCCAGCAGCUGCACCAGCUACCCCAGCAGCCUGCCGUCCUGCCUGGGCCAUAAGGAUUACUCCUCCAGCUGCUCCCAGGACAGCUGCCUGUCCAGAGACAAGUCCGCCUCCCUCCCCAGCCGCCACGGCAGCCACAUGAGCCUGGAGCAGCCGCUGUCGCUGCACUCCAACCCACCUUCGGCCGAGCUCUACCACCACACCUUGUCUCCGUACUCAUGCCCGCCGCAGGGGCCCCCCUGCUGUGCUCACUGCCCGGCGGACGCCUUCAGCAGGCGGCCCGUGGCCAACAACCGCGCCUGGCCUCAGUACAACCCAGCUUACAGCCCGUACUACCCAGAAGAGUGCAGGAUCCCUGGAGCUGGAUUCACACACAUCGGCCACAACAUCCCGGUCCAAGAGAGACAUCCUACGUACAGCACGCCGCUCUCUCUGGAGCAGAGGCGGGUCUUCGUCACGUACGAAAACGACAACGACAAACACGUCAACGAGAUCAUCAAGUUUGUGGCUCUGCUGCGACACAACGGCUUCGACACUCACAUUGACAUUUUUGAGCAGCAGUACAGAAGCAUAAGCAAGAUCGACUUCAUGGAGCGGUACCUGAGUGAGAAAGAGUACCUGAUCAUCAUCAUCAUCAGCCCCAAGUACUACGAGACGGUGACCACGUCUCCCUUCGACCUGGAGAACGACGAGAGAACCUUCAACACCGUUUACAUCCACAAGCAGCUUCAGAAUGAGUUCAUCCAGAACGGAAGCAAGAAUUUCAGGUUUAUUCCCAUUUUGUUUCCCGGGGCUAAAAAGUGUCACGUUCCCAACUGGCUCCAGAACACUCACGUCUACGGCUGGCCACGUGAUCGGGACGACAUCCUCCGACGCCUGAUGAGGGUGGAGAAGUACAACCCGCCCCCCAUCGGGGAACUGCCGACCAUCGUUUCCAUCCCCAUUUAGAGCGCUGACCCGAGGACAGUGUCCCCCGUCCACCGGGGACGCUGUCCUCGCGCCUGUCCUCAUUUAGUCUGUGAUUGUAAAGACUCUCAGGUGCUUUUGUAGAUUCUUUAACUUUUUUUUAUUUACAAAGAGAAAACUGUCGACGUGAAACGUGGAUUGGGGAGGUUUUUUUAUUUGCUACAUCUUGUUCAGUUUGCCUUUGUUUUUUAAAAACAGUUUAAAAAUCUCAUUAAUUUUUAUAAGCAAGUCACAAAUGUGCAACUUGGUUAAACAAA